AUGCCAAUGGCAAGGCCCCGGAAACUCCGAAUCAUCUCUAGCGACGAUGAAGACGACCAACUGAUAGUAAUUGCAUCGUCCGAAAACGAGCAGCAGACUGCCCCCACGGUUUCAAAACGAAGCACGAGAUCCACGCGAGCCUCUACCGCUGCUACUACGAAUGUCACCACAAACACGAGUGUGAACACGAGCAAAAGCGGCAGUAGUAGAGCGAAGGUAAUCGCAUCGUCAAACGGAAUUUCAUCGGGCCGUACGGUAUCCGGUACCCAGACUAGCUCUACCACCGUAGCAUCGAGGUCAUCGAAAUCGAAAACGUCAUCGUCUACGAGUGUAGCAUCACCUCGGAAACCAUCGUCUUCAAGCUCAAAGUUGGGUUUGGGAGCUUCAAAACAAGGAUCUUCGAUAACGUCGUUCUUUGCGCCUGCGACCCAAACUUCAAGCCAAGCUCCUAAGAAAAUAAAACGAGCACCCUCGAAAAAGUUCGAGGUAGAGGAAAUACAAGAAUAUGAAGAAGUGGAUGGGAUUGAGUUCUCCUCAGAUGAGGAUAGUAGAAGGCAACGAAGGAGACAGGUUGUACCUAUCAUUUCAUCCGAACCGGAUGAACUGCCUCGAAAAGUGCCACCGGCUUCACAGCCAAAGCCUUCUCAGAGGUCUAUGAUCGCGCAGCCAAAACUAGUCAAGUCGGAUGAACCAAUUGAGACUAAAACCUGGGCGGAUAAAUACGCACCAACAUCAACGGCUGAUUUAGCGGUCCAUAAACGUAAAGUCGACGAUGUGAAAAGCUGGCUAGAGGCUGUUUUCAGGGGAGUAUCUUCAAAGCGCCUUCUAGUUCUCUCUGGCCCGUCUGGAACAGGAAAAACAGCAACAAUCACUGCAUUGGCAAGCGAGCUGGAUUUUGAUAUCUUGAAAUGGGAGAACCCUUCACAACAUGAUAUUGGUGGCGAUGGUAUCUUUGAAAGCCUCAAUGCGAAGUUUGAAGAGUUCAUGGGCAGGGGGAUGGGCUACGGCGCUCUGCCUUUGGUAGUGGAGUCUGGGUCUCGUGGUAAAGCGUCUUCUAAACAGAUGGAGGACCCCAUAGAUCCAGAUCGUCGGAAAGUCAUCUUACUAGAAGACCUACCAAACAUCUUCAGUUCUUCAUCGGCAGGUUCUGCCGCGAUGAUGUCCUUUCGAGGCGCAAUACAUAACUUCCUAGCGACACCUCAAGACGGUGAACUAGCAUGCAUACUCAUCAUCAGCGAAAACCUCACUACGCAAUCAAACGCGACCUCAAUAACGCCUCAUAGACUCCUUGGGCCUCAGCUGUUGAACCAUAGGGGCACAACAUCAAUAACUUUCAAUAAAAUUGCUGCAGGCAUCAUGCAGAAGGCGCUAGAAAAGAUCGUGGAUACCGAGAUGAGAAUGAAAGGGAUUAAAGAAACGCCAUCUCCUGGUUUACUGGCUGGGAUUGGUGCUUGUGGUGAUAUCAGAAGCGCCAUAAACACUCUAGAAUUUAUGAUGGUGGGUAGGGGAAAGGGUUCAAAUAAGAAACUGGUACCCAUGCCAAAAACCAAGAGGAAGAUAGGAAGGAGCAUGUCAGACUGGGGCCAGCCGAGCGAGAGUGAGAAGUUAACACUGGAGCUAAUUACCCAGCGUGAAGCAUCACUCGGCAUCUUCCAUGCAGUUGGGAAAAUAGUAUGGAACAAACGAUUCGAUCCUUCAGAACCUCAAUUUACACCUCCUGAAAUCCUUCCAGACCCACCGUAUCACCUUUCGUCGUUCUCCCGCUCUCCCUCCCUCGUAGACAUAUCAACCCUAAUAGACACUGCCGGUGUUGACCUUGACACUUUUGUUAGCGGCAUUCACGAAAACUAUCUUCACUCUUGCGCUGGCGCAUCUUUUCCAGAAAAUUACGAAAGCUGUAUCGAACAUCUUUCAGAUUCCGAUAUGUUAUCGCGGAAUACCACCUCGCCGUGGGAACGGAAUCAAGUCGAAGACGCAAUGCGACAAGGGGAACUUGCGUUUCAGGUCGCCGUAAGAGGCAUCCUAAUGGGCCUACCUGCCAAAGUCAAACGCGAUAGUACAAAAAAUAGCAUGUAUUACCCCAUGUCACAGAGACUAUGGCGGGAUAAAGAAGUCGUUGAAGGUCUACUGUCGGUAUUUAUAUCAAACGGCCUAGCAGACUUUGGGAACUCGAAGAUUGCGAUGGGAAUGGCGGAUCUUGAAGCACUCCUCGAAUAUCUGCCAUACACGCAUAGGGUUGGAAAAGCGAGGAUGAGAAACUCGGGAGGGCUCCGGACUCCAGCGAUGAAAAAUUUAGAGAAGAUUGUGUUGUUUAGAGGGGUCGGUGAUCAGAGCGAGGUUAUUCCCGAUGGACCUGAUGAUGAGGAAGAAGUAGUCGAAGGAGAAGAAGAUGAGAGGGGGAAUGUCAGAGUAAAGAAGAAAGUCAGGAGACAGAAAGAAGAGACAGGACAGUAUGGAGGACGGUUUAAGAAGAGACAAGACGGUGGAGUGGGGAUUGCCGGGGUUGGAGAAAGGGAGAAACAUGCGGUUGAAGAAGGAAUGGAGGGGUUAGUUUUGGAAGAGGAUGAUAUUGAAGAUAGCGACUCGUAA